UGCUGAGUGUGAUAUAGGGGUUUUUGACCGAGCUCCAAGCCUCUCGCGAAAGCUAUGGUCCAAUGCUUGCAGGUUAUGGGUCGAGUAGGCCCCAAGUGAUGAACGAAGAACAUAGAGAGUGUCGGCACAGGGAAGGAGGUUGUGAUUCCAGUCUCCUGCGCACAAGCAGCAGCAGCAGCAGCAGCAGCAGCAGAAGCAGCGGAGGCAGCAGCAGCAGCAGCAGCAGCAGCAGCAGCGGUUACCUUGAGUCAGGCCAGUUUCUGCCAGUUCAUUUUGUGCAGGCUGCAGUAGUGAACACCUGCGCUUGCCGGUUGGCAGCAGAUCUAACAGAAGCAAAGGAAAAGGAGGCUAGGAGGAGGAGGAGGAGGAGGAGGAGGAGGGCGAAGCCGACAAAAACGGCGACCAUAGCGUCAGCUUCGAUCGGAAGGAGGGCCCAGGAGCUGCAGCAGCAGCAGCAGCUGGAGCAGCAGCGGCGAGUGUACGAGGAGGACACAGACGACGAGGAGACAGAGGACGAGGAGGAGACAGAGGACGAGGAGAUCGAGGAGCAGGAGGAGAAGGGGGAGGAGGAGGGGGGGGGGGAGGAGGAGGGGGGGGGGGAGGAGGAGGAGGAGGAGAAAGUGGUGCAGGAAGAAGUGGAAGGACGGGAGGAAGAAGGGUGGCCUGGGCCGCCGUCGUACCGAGCCCUGCAGCCGCAGCAGAGGAAGGUGUCGGCUAUGGCUGAUAGCAUGGUGAUGGGAGGAGGGGGUGUAAUGGUUGGGUGUGGAGCAACAGCAGCCGUUGGCGGGAUGAUGACCGUAGUAGGUAGCUCGACUCCAGGACCCCAAGGGCACCCGGCCACCUUCGCCCCCAGCACGCCUCGAAUGACCUCUUCUUCUUUCCAUCAUCAAGUACAUUAUUUGGAAUGUCAACGAAAUUUGGCGGCUUCUGUGGGCGGCUCUUCCGUGGAUGGGUGCGGAGAGUUCAUGCCCGCGGGGGAAAGCGGCGCGGGCGCGCUGCGCUGCGCGGCCUGCGAUUGCCACCGAAGUUUCCACAGAAGAGUCGUCGAGCGCGACGACGGGUUAACUGCAUCGAUGGCCAGCAUAGACCGGGCUGCGCGAGAAUUGCUAUGUAUGGCGAAUACAUCGUACACUCUGCUGCAGGGGGAUGGGGGGAAAUCGGUGGGCGGAGCGCCGAGCGCGAGCCCUCUGGCGCUUGGAGGGGGGGGGAGUGCGAAGCAGCAAGGGGGAGGGGGAGGGGGAGGGGGUGGGGAUGGAGGGUCGGGAUGUGUGAGUGUGCUGACGACGACGACUACGACCACCGCGACCACCACACCCCCAACGCCGUCGCCGUCGUGCUCGUCUCCGCCCUGCGGGGGGGAUUUUCAGGCAGCGGGGGACCUCACGACGCUAGCGCGGCUUUCGCUGCAGGCGCUCGAGCAUAGCGCGAAGAUCAUAACGGCAACGGCGGAAAGUCUGUCUCUUUUUCAGCGGCAGAAUCUGAACAGACAUGUGGCAAUAGCUGGGACACAGCCAGGGUCGUCGUCGCCUUUAUUCCUGUUGUAUGACGGAACGGCCGGGGGGAGGAUCGAACACGCCGUCGCGGGAUUGGCAAUUAUGGUGGUAGUGAUGAACUUCAAGAUCUCCGUCGGCAGAGGUGAACAAGUCAACGAGGGAGCUCUGGUUCAGUUGCUCAUCAACUUUCUCAACUUUCUCAACUUUCUCAAUUUUCUCAACUUUCUCAACUUUCUCAACUUUCUCAACUUUCUCAACUUUCUCAUUGGUUCCAAUUCCAGGUUCAGUCCCUCUCUCAAAUUCUUAUUUGCCUACAUCACCUUUUUUCGAAAGCUGGGACGACGUUCUUGAUGUUGUGUACAUAUUGGUUCAGCCUUGUGCAGUGCACUUAAAUUUGAUUCUUAGUGUUCGCUUCCCCAAUGAAUCCCCAUCCGUCCU